AUGCAUGCUUCCUCUCUCCUACUUGCGCUCACGCUCAGCUACCCGGGGUUUGCCUUUUACCCCACCAAAUACCGCGCGAACCUUGCCUCCAACCCCGGAAUCUCCCACGAGCAAAUCACAGAAGAGGCCUUUGACACUGCGGCCGCGGGUAUGGUGGCGGCGCGUCGGGAGAUUGCGGCCGCGUGCGCGCUAGCCGACAAGGAGAAGCGGGACAAGGAGUGGCAUUUUGGCGACGGUGACUUUGAGGAGGAGAAGAAGGUCUUGGACCCGUUGAAGUUGGGGGUCCUGGACGCUUUGCAGACGGGUCGCGUGCAAGAUGCUCGUACGGGGCUGGGGCAGAUUUUGCACAUUAUUCAGGAUAUAUUUGGACACGGAGCCGAGAAGAUUAUCAUAGACUCGGGCCCGGAGAAGCGGGACAGUGUCCCCUUUACAACUUUGAUGCUGGCGCGUCUUUCAGCAGCUAAGGAGAGAAACCUCGAAGUUCUCCCCGAGAAUGACGCCCCCUCCCCUCAAGGUGAAGAGGAAAGCGUCCAGGCGCACAUCUACGCGGCCGUGGCGGCGUGGAACGCCUCAGUCGCCAUCAUGCAGGGCCUCGCCGAAGCCGCCAGCCCCAGAGACCUCCAACACCUGUUUGGCCUGAGCCUCGACUCGCUCGUGAUCCUCGAUCCGUCGCUGAGGAACGCGAAACGCUGGCCCGCCACCCGCCGAGCUCUGCGUUCUACCCUCAGGGCUCUCCUCACCCGCGGAAGCACCGCCGAGACCCGCUACUUGGGGUUUCGAGAGCUUUCCGGGGUCGUGGACAGCAGUAAAAUCAAGCCCGAAACUCUUAUUUCCAAGCUACGAGAGGUGCAGCACGGCGGUGAAGUGACCCUCAUUGUCGCCCAGCCGAUUCGCCUGGAUGAUCAGUCCAACAAGGACAUUGUCAGAUUCCUUGCCGAAUAUCCGGUCAAAGUCAAUGUUGUGCAACUGCAGAGUAGCUGCUCCUCGGAAGAAGACAUCAACUCUGCCUACCGAUCCAUGGCCGAUCUCUCCAGCGGGUUCGCGGCCCCGGAUUCGGAGGCGCUAGGAAACCUAGACGCGAAACGCGAUACCCCAGACAAACUGGUUCACGAAUUGAGCCCAGUCAUCUCAAGGUACGACAUCGAUGCCGCAAAGCAGUCCACGCUCGAGUUCCAGAUCGAGGCGGGCGCAGAGCAGCUCAUCCUCACCAUUGACUGCGACGACUGCGAGGCCUUUACCAUCCUCGAUAGCCCAUCAACAGACACCAGGCUCAUGCCCAGCCCUAUACGGGUCGAAAAGAACGGAGUGCUUCAAAAGAUGAUCUUCAUCAUCAACAACCCCGAGCCAGGGUUUUGGAGGACAAACAUGAGCAGCACGAGUGUUUUCAACGCGACGAUCCAGUCGCGCGGCCCCGUCCAACUCGUAGACUUUUAUCUUGCCGAAGACGGUGGGCGGGAUGGCUACCACGGUUUCUUCCCGGUACAGGGGCCCACGCUCGCCCGAACCAACGUUGCCCUCAUUGGGGAGCUAUCUGGGGAUUUUGAAAAAGUGGAGUGGCUCCUCGUUGACGCCCGCACGGGCAAGGAAACGCCGCUCCCCAUGCUUUCGGGCCUGGACAGCGCCGUGUACCCUGGGUACGGCGAUACGCACACCUUUGGCGCCAUCACCAAGCUGCCUGCGACGGACUUUUAUGUUGUUGUCCGUGGAGACGCCCAGGGGUACCCGUUCCAAAAGAUGUUUCCUCGUCUGUUCUCCCCAGAGAUCCGCCCGGGGCUAAAGUACGAGCUGGGAGGGGCCACGAAUCUCUCUGCAGGUGUCCCCGGCACUGGUAGGAGUAGUGAUAAUGAUAAUCAUCGUGAUGACAACGACAACGACGACGUCGUGCCGCUCGAGGAUGAAGAGAGCAAUGACCGCAUCGUGCGGCGGCAGGAGGCAAGCGUUACAAGUACAGUGAUAUCGACCGAAGCGUCGACGUCGACGUUCUUUAAUGGCUUGACGUCGCCAGAAUCGACAGCGGUGGCUACGGCGACGGCUACCUCGGUCGUUACCGAUGUAUCUAGCUCGGCAACGGAGACUAGCGCAAGCGUCUCGGAGUCGAGCGCCUCUACGGGCGCGGCUGAAACCGUGACGGAGACGACUGUGGCUGUCACGUCUGAGCCUACUGGGUCGGAGAGUGCUGGGACGACAGAAACGGGAACUACCGGCGCGACUGAGACGGUGACGGCCGCAGCGGUGUCUGGUGCAUCGACCGCCUCUGGAUCGGGAACCACCGGAUCCGUCACUACUGGAUCCGUCACUACUGGAUCGGAAACUACUGGAUCGGAAACUACUGGAUCGGAAACUACUGGAUCGGAAACUACUGGAUCGGAAACUACUGGGUCAGAAUCUACUGGGUCGGAAACUGCAGCAACGGGGACGACCGGAUCAGAAUCUACGACAACAGGGACUACCGGAACGCAGACCGCCGGCACCGAAACUGGAGGAACAACCACCACGGGAACCGUGACCGUGGGAGCAGAGUCUACCGUGGCCGAGACCACUGGGACCGGUAGCUCUCUGACGACCACUGCAAGUCUAGGCACGUCCGUCGCCUCGGCCUCUGCGGUUCUAGGCUCCGAAAGCUUUAGCACGACGUCUGGAGCAGCGAGCUCGGCUUCCGCCGCCGCAGCGACAUCAUCUAGCAGCACGACAACAACAUCUAUCAUUGCGGAGACGGUUCUUGUGUCCUCUUCUACUACCGCGACUGCGCUCAGCACAGUCACAGCAAGUACGAACAUCUCCUCCACGGUUCAAGAAACCUCAACGACAGCAGAGACGGCAGCGCAAAACUCAUCGAGCACGAGUCCCAGCUCCUCCUCAUCAAGCGUAGAAACCUUUACCACGUUGGUCACGCAGGCUGCCUCGGCUGCUCAAACGACGACGACGGCAGCACCCACGAACUCGACCACAUCAACCACCUCGACCACCUCGACCCUUGUUUCUGCUAAUGCAAGCGCCGUCCCCGAAAAGACAGUCACUGUCACGGCCCCUUGCGCCGAGGAAACCUCUCCCGAAAGCACUACUGCAAAUGUCCUCCGACUGCAAGCCCACCAGGACCACCACCACCACCUCCAAAACCACCACUCCGCCGCCCGCCGCUUCCCUGCCCCCUACACCCGCAAAGUCCCCGAGGGCCCCUGCACCACGGAAACCGUCACGGUCCCCGUCCCCUACGCCCCCGAUAACGCCCCGCCCGCGCCCAAGACCUACGGAGGUCCGGGCGCACCGGCCCCGGCACCGGAACCGGCACCAGCACCGUCGUCCUUGUCCACCGCGGCGGCCAACGCUACCGUCACUAGUGAUGGCAGCAGCCAUGGGCCGAACCACGGAAACGGCAAGGGAACGAGUACCACAGCGGGCAAACCCACCACCACGGGAGGUGAGGCUAGUACGGGCACGGCAGAGGCAAGCGCGGCGGAUGAAGGGCUCCGAGGCGUACGGACCGGAGCGGUGGUGGUAGUAGUCGUGGCGCUUGGAGGUGUGACCUUCCUCAUGCUCUAG